AUGGAUCGGCGCUCAGCUUAUACUUCUGAGGAUUAUGAGGAAGAUGAAGGUCAGAAUCAGUAUCGCACCACUGGGAGACACAAAGCUGCUGCCAAACCAGCUUACACUUCUGCUGAAGAUUAUGAAGAAGAAGAACAAGACCAGGAUCAAUAUCGCCAGAGAAAGCCCGCCACUGGGACCAGACCCAAAGCUGCUGCCAAACCAGCUUACACUUCUGCUCAAGAUUAUGAAGAAGAAGAACAAGACCAGGAUCAAUAUCGCCAGAGAAAGCCCGCCACUGGGACCAGACCCAAAGCUUCUUCGAGACCCUCCACAGCUUACGCUUCUGCUGAAGAAAACGAAGAUGAAGAGCGAGAUCAGGAGGAUCAAUAUCGCGAGAGAAAGCACACCACUGGGACCAAACCCAAAGCUGCGAAACCAUCAGCUUACGGUUCCGCUGAAGAUGAUGAAGAAGAUUACGAGGAUCAAUAUGGCGGUAGAAAAGCUAGCAAUGUGACCAAAGCCAAACCUGCAAAGCCAUCCGCAGCUUACGGUUCUGCUGAAGAUUAUGAGGAGGAAGAUCAGGACCAAUACCGCGAGAAAAAAGCCGCCGCUGGGGCCAGAGGCUAUGGCCAUCCCGACAAGCAUGCAGCUGCGGCGAAACCGGCGAAACCAUCGACGGCUGAAGGUUAUGAGGACGAAGAAUAUCAGGAGGAUCAAUAUCGCGAGAGGAAAGCGCACACCGGGACGGCGACCGGGGCCCACCCGGACAAGCAUGCGGCUGGGGCGAAGCCAGCCAAAGGCGCGAAGCCAUCGACCAGCGAGCUGAUGGCCAGCGCCAAGAUUAUCGCUGGAGCAGCGAAAGGCGAGAAGGUGGACAAGGCCAAGGUCUGCGAUGCUGCGAGCAACAUUCUAGACGCUGCCUCUUCCUACGGCGGGCUCAAUGAGAAAGAAGGCCUGGGCAGCUACGUCAGCAAGGCCGAGGAUAUGCUCCGCAAGUACGGCAGCGGAGGAAGCGGCGGAAGCGGCGGAGGAAGCGGCGGCGAUACUGCGGGAAAGGAAAAAAAGCAGCAUGAUUCGGGCAGCGGUGAGCAUGAGACCAAGAAGAAACCCAGUAAAACUGAUGAGGAUGAGGGCGGAUCUGGUGGAUUUGGAGAUUAUUUUAAGAUGGCUCAGGGUUUCUUGAAGGGUUGA